AUGGAUUUGAAAUUUCUUGCUCUAAUUAUUGUUUGGAUUAACUUUUCAAGUACUUCAGCAGCAGAUGAAGUGCUAGAAUGUGAAUAUUAUACUCAGAAAGAUUCAUACAUUUGCAAAUUGUUAAUUUUUAAUCCAAAUGGGUUAAAUAACUUCACGAAUAUAAAUGGAACGCAUUUUACUGGAUUUAAUAGUUUAGAUGUUCAAAGUAUUAUUUCAACAGAAGUAUCUAGUACAGUGAAUAUCCCAGGAAUAAUAUGUGAAACAUUUAUAAAUCUUAAGAGAAUUUCAUAUACAAUAAAUGGAAUUGAUGAGAUUGGAGAGAAUUCUUUCAAGUAUUGUAAAAAUGUGGAAAGUAUCAUACUAUUCAGCAACAAAAUAACUAAAAUCCACGAAUCAGCAUUCAGUGAAAAUUCCAAACUUCAAAUCCUCAAUUUAGGUCAAAAUGAAAUUACAGUUCUACCCGAAAAACUAUUUGAAAACCAAAUUGACUUGGUCUCUUUGAAUUUAAUCAGUAAUAACUUAACAGACAUGCCCAACAGAAUAUUUAGAACACAGAAAAAACUUACAGAAUUAGACCUCGGUAGGAAUCAAAUUUCAAGCCUCAGAAAUGAUUGGUUUAAGGAACUAGAAAGUUUGGAGACGUUGCUGUUGGGAGUUAAUAUUAUUGAGGACCUUCCAGUUGAUGUCUUCAACACAUUAAAAUUGCUCACUAAAAUUAAUCUUGGCAGUAACAAAAUCAAAAUCAUAAAGUCCAGUUCAUUUGGAAAUUUACUAGAGCUGAUUAAUGUCAAUCUUGAAGAAAAUGAGAUUGAAGCAAUUGAUGAAAAAUUCAUAGACAAUACAGGAGUCACCACUUUAAUAUUGAGCAUGAACAAAUGUUCUGAUAGAGUCAUAGCUGACUCAACACCAAGUCGAACGACAAUGAAGAAUUUAUUAAAGAAGUGCUUUGAAAAUUAUGAGAAAUUAAUUAAGAUAGACUCUAAUGGCUUUAAUUGGUGGUGUCUAACCGUUUCUAAUACUGGAACUGGAUUCUUUACCGAUAUUGAGGGAACUCAUGUUGAUGGCAGUCAAGAUUCAGAUGUUUUAGAAGUAACUGCAACACCGUUAUCAAAUUCAGGAACUAUUCCAUCAGCGAUAUGUGCUAAGUUUCCAAAUAUUGGAAAAACAACCUACAUUAGUAUUGGACUUGAAAAUAUCGACAGAAGUGCAUUUCGAGGUUGUAAAUACAUUAAACAAAUCAAUCUAAGUGACAAUGAAAUAUCGAACAUUGACGAACUAGCUUUCAGCAAAAAUGGAGAGCUUCAAAGGCUUUAUUUAACAAAAAAUCGUAUAUCUUCAUUGCCAAGUAAUGUAUUUGAAAAAUUAGUAGCCUUAAGACAUUUGGACAUUGGCAACAAUCAAAUCGAAAUACUGGAAAAUGAAUGGUUUGAAAAUUUAGGAAGUUUGCAAUCAUUGUCCUUAAAUAGCAAUAUCAUUAAGGAACUUCCAACUGGUAUUUUUGCUCCUCUUUCAUCUUUAGCUAACUUAAAUCUUGGACGGAAUCAGUUAGAAGUUUUGAAUUCAGAAUCAUUUGGAGAUUUAACAAAACUUACAAUAGUUGAUGUAAGAUACAAUCGAUUAACUGCAAUUGAUGAAAAGAUCCUAGAUAAUGCCGCUUUAGCUAACUUGGCAAUGGAUGGAAAUGAUUGCGCUAGUGAUGAUUUUAUUGGUCAGGAAUCAUUGAAACAGGAAUUAGGAACGUGCUUCGAUAACUUUAACAAUAUUAUUGUAACAACUACGGACUCAACUACAGCUGACUCUACAUCUGAUUCUACAGGAUCUGAUGAAACAGACAGUACGACAGAAACUACCAUCGGUGAAACCACUGAUUCCACAACGGAAGUAAACACAAGUGAUAGUACCACUGAUGAAACCACUACAGAAGAACUAAUAGAAGAAACAACUCCUGAUUCAGCAAGUGGAAUCAUGAUUGGAAAAAUUAUAUUAAUUAUUGGAAUAACAAUCAGAUUUUUGUUACAUUAAAUAUUAUGGUCUAGGAGAUCAAACAUUUUUUGGAAAAAUUAAAGCAUACUUAGGAACAAGUAGUUCCGAAUAAAUCUGGAUAAAAAUUGUUAAAAAAAAUAAAAUAAGAUUAUGAAGUGUUGGAACUAAUAAAAU